UCCCGAAGGUGCUCGCUAUCCCUAUAAAAGGUGCUCGCCGCUCCCAACUUUUUCCUUUCUUCCUCCUCACCAGUCAGAGAUAGAGGGGGGAGGUUGCGCCCUCCUCGGCCUUCUCCAGAUCAUAUCAACUAGAGUCUACAUCAAUCCAAGAGCUGCUGUAUAUGUGAGUGAUGGGGACAUCAGAGCUGUUCGUUCAGACGAUCGAGCCAUCAGAGCCGCUCGCUUGCGCCUGCACCAGGGGAUGACAUCAUUAUGGCUACGAGAGGAUCCUGAGCCAUCGGAUUGAGUCAGGUCAGCUCAUUGGUGUUCCAAAAUGGCCGACGAACUGCAUCCUCCAUCUAUAGUACAGAAGAUACAUGGGGAAUCGUACUUGUUCUCUAGACUGUCUCCCUAUUCGCAGGCCAGGAGUGCCAGCUUCCACAACUUUCCUGGCACCUACAUCAAUGGGGGCCUGAACAGCGCCUUGCUGAAAUCAUACCACAGCAACAUUGAAUCCCUUGGUUUCUCAUCUUUCUCACAUCUUUCCCCCAUCUGUGCCUGUGCCCCCCAGGAGAAGGGUAUUUCAGGAUUUCUUAUGGAUUUUCUUAUGGGAGGAGUUUCUGCUGCUGUCUCCAAAACAGCAGCUGCUCCAAUUGAGCGGGUGAAACUCUUAAUUCAGAACCAGGAUGAGAUGAUUAAAUCUGGCAGGCUCUCUGAACCCUACAAGGGGAUUGGAGACUGUUUUGCCCGAACCAUAAAAAAUGAGGGCAUGCUCUCAUUGUGGAGAGGAAAUACUGCAAAUGUGAUUCGUUAUUUUCCUACACAGGCCCUGAACUUUGCUUUCAAGGAUUACUUUAAGCGUAUGUUUAACUUUAAGAAAGAUAGAGAUGGCUAUUGGAAAUGGUUUGCUGGUAACUUGGCAUCCGGAGGUGCGGCUGGUGCUUCAUCUCUCCUCUUUGUGUAUUCUUUGGAUUAUGCCAGGACACGUCUGGCCAAUGAUGCCAAGGCUGCAAAGAAGGGAGGUGAAAGGCAGUUCAAUGGUCUGAUUGAUGUUUACAGGAAAACAGUAAAAUCUGAUGGUAUUGCGGGGCUCUAUCGGGGCUUUAACAUCUCAUGUGUUGGUAUCAUUGUUUAUCGCGGGCUUUACUUUGGAAUGUAUGAUUCAUUAAAACCAGUGGUGCUGGUUGGUGCCUUGGAGGAUAAUUUCUUUGCCAGUUUCUUGCUUGGAUGGGGAAUCACUAUCGGUGCUGGUCUUGCCUCCUACCCCAUUGACACUGUUCGCAGAAGGAUGAUGAUGACAUCUGGUGAGGCUGUCAAGUACCGUAGUUCGUUAGAUGCAUUCUCACAGAUCAUGAAAAAUGAGGGAGCUAAAUCCCUGUUCAAGGGUGCUGGUGCAAAUAUCCUCCGUGCAGUGGCCGGUGCUGGUGUUCUGGCAGGUUAUGACAAGCUGCAGGUGCUGGUCUUUGGAAAGAAGUAUGGGUCUGGUGGUGGUGGCUGAUGCCAUUUCUUGAGUUGCCGAUGGCUAGAUAAUUUGAUGAUGAUGAACAAGAGUAUUAGGUGUUUGUGCUUCCUUCUUGAUUCUGGUUCAGAAUAAUGUUCACAGAUGAACACCCUUCUAUUAUCAUCUUAGGUCUUCUGGAGAUGCAUGCGUGAUGACUGGGUGUUGUUUUUAUGUCCUUUUUUUGGUUAAAGAGAGAGCUAAAAGGUGUGUUAUUGCUUAAGUAUGUGUCUGGUUGAACUAUUGUGAUGAAUUAUCAGAAGUAUGCCGCAUCCUUGGAGUCCAUUUUGUUCUUGAUGUGGCUCUUCGUUGGCAUUUGGUCUUUUUCAGCUUUCGGUUCAUCAUCAUACUAAAACCAUGUGUUUCUGUUCGAAUAGUCCUGGAAACUAGUUGCCUGUGGGUCUGGUUAUAGAUGAGAAGAUAAAAAAUAAAAAUGGUUCAGUGUAUGGUCAGUUUUGUUCAA